AUGGAGAAACUUGGGGUCAUAUCCAAAGUCACUGAGCCAACAGAUUGGGUUUCAAGUCUAGUAGUUGUUGAAAAGCCAGAUGGAAGUAUUCGUAUUUGCCUUGAUCCGAAGGAUCUAAACCAUGCCAUCAAAAGAUCUCAUCUACAACUACCCACCACAGAGGAUAUUAUCUCAAAGAUGACUGGUGCUCGGCAUGUUUCAAAACUUGACGCUAGUUCAGGAUAUUGGCAAACCAAGCUUGAUGAGGAAAGCUCGAAGUUGUUGUCCUUUAACAGCCCGUUUGGACGUUAUAAAUUUAAUAGAUUACCUUUUGGUGUCUCAAAUGCAUUCGAAAUUUUUCAGUUGGAUAUCGCAGAAAUUAUUGAAGGUAUCGAAGGAGCCGCAACCGCUCAAGAUGAUAUCAUAGUUUGGGGCGACACAAAAGAAGUCCACGAUCAACGUCUACACGAGGUGUUGUCUAGAAUUAAAGACUCUGGUCUCAAGCUGAACUGGAAUAAAUGUCAAUUCUGACCCAAGAAAGAUUUCAGCAAUCAUUGACAUGCCUGUUCCUCAGAAUAAAACUGAACUACAGAGAUUUCUUGGGAUGUGUAACUAUUUGGCUAAGUUCAUACCAGAUUUGGCCAGUGUUACUGCACCGUUGCGUUGCUUACUAGAAAAGGACACUCCAUGGCAUUUUGAAGCCGAGCAAGAAAAUGCAGUGAAAAGGCUAAAAGAAAUGGUAACGUCAGCUCCAGUCUUGAAGUAUUUCAAUCCAAAAGAUCCAAUUAAAGUCACGUCGGAUUCGUCAAAGUUUGGUCUUGGAGCUGUUCUUGAGCAACAAGAGGAGGGUACGUGGAAACCUGUUGCUUUUGCCUCUCGUUUAUUGACUCAGUCUGAGCAAAACUACGCUCAGAUUGAAAAGGAGACUCUCAGUGUUGUAUUUGCUUGUGAGAAAUUUAAGGAAUAUCCAUAUGGACAAAAACGUUGUUGUUGAGCAAUUUAUUCGAAGCCACUUAUUAAGGCGCCG